AAACAUAAACUACAGCCACGAGGAAAACAAGUCGCGGUAAAGCGAGACAGGAAUAAGACCGGAAGUUACCUGCAUCACCAAUCAAUGGAGAGUGACUGCUUAAACCUACUGCCAUCUGUGUGUGAAGUUCUUGCUGAUUCCAGACUUGUGCUACAUGAUGACACAUCUCUGGAAAAGCUUCUUGAUUGUUUUAAAGAGCUGAUAAUGCAGAAUGAUGAGCAGUAUCUUGCGCAGUAUCUUCCAUACCUCCAAAAGUUUUUGCAGUCUGUAACACAAUCUUGCACAUUAGAUCCUAAUGUCUUUUCAUUCUCACUCAAAAUUGCUGGGCUGCUGGCAAGCAAAGAGCACAAUUUCACCCUGUUGGAGGAAAGAGGAGUUUUGGAGUAUUUGUUUCAGCCAGAUAGCUGGCAUAUGCCGGAAUUCUGGAAAAUUUCUUCAGUACGUUAUGGAUGGCUACAGGGACUGUGGAACAUGUUGCAGCAUCCAAAAUCCAUUAACUUUUUCUGCAAGAAUAGAUUCAUUAAGUUGGUUCUCCAGCUACAAAAUGACAAAGGCCUUUUCAUUACCUCAUUGACUUGUCAGAUUUUAGCACAUGUUUUAGACUCCACCAUGGCAGUAGAAAUCGAGAUACCAAGCUGCAUUCCUGCCAACACCGAGUUUAUUUCAGUUACUAAAGAAAUUAUGAGCCAUGUGGCUACUUCAUUAGUGUCACGUGAAAAGGCUGUUAUUGUGCCAGCCUUAAGGAUGUUGGCUACAAUACUAACCAAGUGUAGAGAACCACUCAAAAUAAUGUUUUGGAAACAUGUUGUGACACCAUUGGAAGCAUUAGCAAAUGAAAAAGAUGACUCCUUUACAUUGCCCAUCAUAGCAGUUCUUCAAGCUGUUGUAAGGAGUUCCAUUUUUAUCCAUCCUGAUUGCAGAGUAGAAACACUGCUGGACAUCAUGUUGUUUUCAAGAAGUGUAACUGAAUCUGUGCAGUGUGCAGCAGUUAUCUUGCAAGUGGAAGACUGCUCUGAGGUUUUAAAACGGAAAGCCACAGAUAUAAUCCUCCUUCCUCUACUGUGUGCCACUGCAUCCCCUCUAGAUCUUCAUGAACCAGAUAAGCUGCAUGACUACAUAUCACACUUGGAGAAGCAGUUAUCCCAGAAGGCCACAUGUGUGUGUCUGCUCACUCAGAGCCUGGCCAGCAUAGCAGAGACCAUUUGUAAGAAAUCUUUGGCCAAUGUUCCUGUUCAACUCAUUGCCACUUCUGUGAUGAAACUUUUGAGAAUAUGCAUUGGUCAUCUCCCCUUCACUUUACUGGGGGCUGGUACAUUUCCUCAUCUUUUUGGCUGUUACAAGGUUCAGCAGUGCAGUAUCGACCUACUAGGUGGUCUAACUGUUUACGCAGAGAGCGUGGCCUUAAUUCAGGAGGCUUUUACUGUUCUUCUGCAGUAUAUGCAGUGCCCGGACUCUAAUGCUACAGUUUUAAAGAAAACAAAUCAGGCCAUUCUUAAAUGGCUCAAUAUCUGUUCACCAUCAUCUGAUUUAUGGAAGACAGUUAUACAUGAACUCUUUGGAUUAAUGAAGAAACAUGUAUGUGAUGGACGAUGGGAAGUGAGAGAUUCAACUCUAGAGUUCAUUACACAGCUCACAGCUGACCUCAAAGGUUAUAGCAACUAUACCAAAACUCUUCAUAGUAGUGGCAUGAUCUCAGUCCUCUUCACCUCAUUGUCAGAUUUAGAAGGCUAUGUCCAAGCCAGUGCAGUGGUAGCUCUUGGAGAGGCAGUAACUACAUCUGAUGUCUGUAGCAACGUACAGGAAAAGGCUGUGACACAGCUGUUGAGCAUUUUGUCUCAAGAUACACAGAGCUUCCCACACCGUGCUGCAGUGAAGGUCUUCAUUAAAUGGUUAAAAAGCCCAGACUUUUACACUGCUUUGGAGCCGUCUAUUAGCUCAGUGUUGUUGGUUGUUGGAAAUGACUUUGACUGGGAGGUUAAAGUUCACACAUUGGAGUUAGCAGAUGUAUUAAUGGACAAAUCGCUAAAUCAUUGCCCCUGUCACAAUCAGAAGAUCUAUCAAAGAUCUGAAAGUGCAUGCAUAAUGCAGGCAUUACUCAAACUGAAGAAUCUAGGGGUAUUUGAGUUUCUGUUUAAAUGCUUAUUUGACUGUGACAGACCUGUUUCUCAGAAAGCUUGUUCACUUCUGCUUAAGCUAAGAACAUUUAUGAGAGAGUAUUCUGUUGAUGACCACAGAGAUCUUACUACUGAAAUAUGGAAGUACAAUUGGAAUGAGGAAAUGCUUCACACAUACCUCAAAAAUCAAGAGUCCCUUGCACUUAAUUGUGUAGAAAAUAGAGACACAGCAUCUUGUAGGCAAAUGGGCAAUCGUGACCUUGACAGUGGAUUUCCAAAAGUGAUGAAUCUGUGCCAGAUAUUCGAACUACUAGACCUUGAUCAGAUGCAACAUACUUUAUCCUUAAGUAGUGACCAUCUGAUAAAUUCACCUCAGUCUCUAAUGGAAGAUAUUUUAUUUAUGGCUAGUGAGAGUGACGAGAAUAUUGCAGAUUGUUAUUGAAAAUUUGUUCACAAAAGUAGCCACUUGUCAUAAUUUAAAUAAGACAGUAAUUAUUGUAUACUGAUGACUAAGUUCAACAGGAAAGGACCAGUAACAAUGUAAUACCUAAGGCCUGUAAAGUUGUUAGUCUAGUAUAUUAAAUUAUAUAAGGGGUAGUGUCUUCAAUGGACUCUGAAUUGACUCUGUUUUUAUGAUUAAAUAUGACUAGAAAAUUGGUAAACAUUCUUCUUAAAUGUACAUAUAAUUGUAUUAUUCAUGCACAUAAUUUCAAUAAACAUAUCUGAAGUCCCA